UGAAGGUGUAGAAACGGAACUUCCGGGAUGCGAUACUGUCGUUAACGUAAAUUGUGCCUCUCGCUACUUGAGCACGCUGGGAUAAUUUAAAAAAAGGUCUGUUUCUGUGAGAGCUUGAAGAGAGUGGCUGUCAGAAAACGGCCGUUUCUAUGUGUGGACACAGUUAACCGGAGUCUACGCUGCUUCCGUCGUUAGAAUGAAGAAGAGGGUCUCAGAGAAAAAGCGCCAUGUGGUAGCAUGGGUCAACAAAGCGGAGUGGGACCAGGUCCUGGAGUAUCUGUACUCCAAGGAUUCCUCCUUACAGAGGCAUGCGCUGCACAGGAUUUCCGCCUGGAAGUGCAGGUAUACCAGCAGCUGCCCUGUGGCGGUGGACUGCACGGCCGACCUGGUGAGGUGCCAGGCGCUGGACCGGUCGGGACAGCUGGAAGGAGACGACCUGGUGCUGCUCUACGGGGCGGCUCUGGUGCGGUUUGUCAAUUUGAUCACCGAGCGACAGCAGGGGAAAACGGCUCGACCUCUGCGGCGGCUGGCUGGGAACCUGAACAUCCCCGAGUGGGUCGUAGACCUGAGGCAUGACUUCACACACCGCAAGCUCCCCACAUUGAAGUGGUGUAGAAAGGGGUGCAACGUGGUCCUGGAGUGGCUCCAGCACGAGUACUGGUCCAGGCAGCUGGGGGGAGGGCCCAGUGAGGACUGGGAGUCACAGUCCAACGGAGAGGACGAUGAGACGGACCUGAGACGCCAGGAGGAUGAGCUCAUUGCAAGGCAGAAAGAAAUGGAAGCCUACAAGAAUGCCCGGAAGUUGCUGAUAUCUUUUGAAAAGGAGCAGUACCAGGCUUUCGAUGGGCUUCCUGAAGACCGAGAGAAGAGCCUGUGGCCAGCUCCCUUUGCAGACAUGAGCUGGUUACUAGGUGAGAUUAAGCAGUUAGCUUUGGAGUCGAGUGAUUUGCUGAUCGAAGUGUUGUUGGAAGAUGGAUUCCUGGUUCCGACUGUUGAACAGCUGCAAACCUUAGGCUGUGACACCAGCGCCAGUCCCACUGAACCCAGACUCCCUCAAACCUUCCUGCGUUUCUGGCUGCCCCUCCUGAAGAUGCUCAACUCCCCAGCCAUCGUUCACCUCCUCCUGGAGAAGCUCUUUGUUGAACUGAAGCUACUUGCCAAAGAGCAGAAGGAUCACAGGGCUUUCUACCUCUCUGCUUGGAUUUCCGAAUUCGUCUUCUGUAACAGCAACAAGUUUGAAUACCACUUUGAAACCAAGGGCCAGAAGAAGGACAGAAUGAAGGACAGGAUUUUUGUAAACCGCAUCCAGCUGAGGUGGCAGCAGCUGCUCUCAGCGUGCCUGGAUGCUCCCUGUAUCAGCACGCCUCACCUGCUCCAGUUAAUCCUGGAUGACAUGGAGCAUCCUCUGCCCCUGGAAACCAGACAGAGGCUGCUCCAGCUCUGCUCCAUCUACACACAGACAGCACACUCAAACUUCGACCCUUCUCAGGAGCAGAAACAGCAGCCCAUAUACACACUGGAGAGUCUGCAUGAGAAGCUGCAGCGUUCGCGGCACCACAGCCAGCCCUGGCGUUCCAGGGCUGACUCGGAGCGCAGCGAGUCUUCCCAGGAGAACAAAUCGGCCGAUGCUUGGGCUGAAAGAGCAAAGUUGCUCAGAGGUUCUCCGUGGCAGGUGUGUGCUGAUAAAGUUUUGUGGAAGAACUAUCCUCUGGGAAAAGUCCCUGGACAGUCGGAUGACCCGUCAUGCCUCAUGUUGGAAAACUACUCAACAAUGACUGUCUUUGACCAGCCAGUGGAGCUGGAGACCAACACGGCGCGCAGCGCCCCUGGAGUGUCUGCACCCGUGAGGACAGCGGAUGGCCUUCUUUGGAACCACAGCGAUGUGAACAAGCUGAAAUCUGGGCUGCAACUUUUUUGAGUCGUUUUUUAAUACUGUGAAAUAAAGGCCUUUAGCUGCUGGCACUUCGUUGAACUGGUGCUUUCUGUUGCUUUGACACUUUGAAAAAGAGAAAUAUUCAAAAUAUGAAAACUUCAAAACUAAACAGUGUUUGUUGUGGGAUAAACAGGAUUGUAAAUCAGUUGAUCAACACAAGUCAAAUUAUAAAGCAGGAACGCCAAAUGUUCGCUGAUUCCAGCUUCACAAAUGUGAGGAACACUGCCUUUCUAGGAUUGCAACUAACGAUUGUUUUUGAUUACUAUAAAAUGUUGAUUUUCUGAAGUAAUGUUGAAAAAUGUCCAUUAUAUUUUCCCGGAGCUCGUCAGUGACAGUAUCUAACCACGUUUAAUUAUUUAUUUUUUUAAUUUUACAGAUUCAUCAAUUAAAAAAUAAGACCUUUAUCAGCAGAUUAUUAGCUAUUGAAGAUAGCAGUUAGUUGCAGCCCUAAUGUGAAGCAUUUCUAACAGCCGUUGUUUUGUAAACUCUGUCUAAAAUAUGUCAAAGACAUUGCUCAGCCACAGGUGCAGAUAUUUGUUUUACCACAUGUAGUGAGAUAAGAAAGCAAAAAUUCACUGAUGUGUUGUGCAGUUCAUUUUUGAUUCUUACACCUGCCUUGCAAGUUAACCUGCUCUCUUAAGUUGUUGGUCGUUACCCAGAGUUUUGGUGUAGAUUGAAUACAUCCCCUGUUGUGCACUUGUGUUCAAUAAAAACCUCUUUACUGAA